AGCAGGGCACAAUGGCGGCGGGGCCUGGUGUUUCUCUGCAGAGCGGCAGCCCUGCGAGAGAACUUUCUCUCUCUGUUCAGCAAGGAGGGAGUCAGACUCAUGGAGAUCGGGUCAAAUUAGAAGAGGUCACAGAGGCAGAGAAGCAGAGUCGGAUGGCUGCUCUUCUGGAGAAGCUUCACGCCAAACACAAUGCUUCACGACCAUGGCAGGAGACCUGCAAGGUUGUGCGUCAGGCCAUGGAGAAACGCGGUGUGAUGAAUGCUGCAGGUCACCAGCUCCUGCUCACCUGCUUGGAGACCCUGCAGAGAGCGCUGAAAGUCUCAUCUCUGCCCUCCAUGACAGAUCGCCUAGAGUCCAUUGCUCGGCAAAACAUGCUUGGUUCUCAUCUCAGCCCAUCAGGCACGGAGUGUUACAUCACAUCGGACAUGUUUUAUGUGGAGGUGCAGCUGGACACCACUGGCCAGCUAGUGGACGUCAAGGUGGCUCAUCAGGGAGAAAACCCCACGAGUUGUCCUGAGCUGAUUCAACAUCUAAGAGAGAAGAACUUUGAAGAGUUUUCCAAACAUCUGAAGGGGCUGGUCGAGCUAUACAAGCUCCCUGGGGACAAUAAGCUGAAAACCAAGAUGUAUAUUGCGCUGCAGUCUUUGGAGCUUGAUCUCACCAAGAUGAUGCACAUGUUUAGGUUAGCUACUAAUGCAACUCCAGUGGAGACUAUUCUUCAUGGCAGUGUGGGUUUGCUGACAGCCAGAAGUGGCGGCCACCUUGUGUCUCUUCAGUGUUAUGUGUCUCCUUAUGACAUAUUUGAGGAGGGACCGGGCUCGCAGCUCAACUUACCAGACGGUAAUGUUCCACGCUCUCUUGGUGUCGGUGUUUCUGUGACAAUUGAGGGAACCUCCGCUGUCUACAAGCUCCCGAUUGCUCCACUCAUCACUGGAUCCCACCCAGUGGACAACAAGGGGACACCGUCCUUUUCCACUGUGACCAACUCCAACUGUGUGGACCUGCCAGCUUGUUUCUUCCUCAAGAUGAACCGCCCCAUGCCUUUCUCACUGUCCUUUAUUCAGAGGCUGGGAAAUGCUACUUCGAUCCCAGUGUUUGAGAGUUCUCCCAGCCUCUCACCUCUCUACCAGUUAAUUGUCCAGAGCCAGCUCCAGCUCCUGGAGGAGGGCAGCUCCACGCCAACGCCCUCACACAACAUGCACUUCUAUUCUGUGUUGCCAGACCAGCAGCACUGUUACUUCCUGAAUGGCGAUGCCCCGGUGCAAGACGGUCGUUCUCUUCAAGGCGCACUGGUUACCAAGAUUCCCUUCCGCCAUCCAGCACAAGUGCCCCUCCUGUUGGAUAUCAUCCGGCACCAGGCUGCGUAUAACAACUUGAUUGGGAGCUGUGUGAGACAAACUUCCAUCAAAGAAGAUGCUGCAGGCCUGCUGCAGUUUGAAGUAUGUCCUCUUACUGACUCGAGUUUCAGCGUCUCCUUCCAGCAUCCGGUCAAUGAAUCAUUAGUCUGUGUGGUCAUGGAGGUGAUUGACUCCAGACAGGUAUCCUGCAAGCUAUAUAAAGGACUGUCCGAUGCUCUGAUCUGCACUGAUGAAUUCAUCACCAAAGUGGUCCAGAGAUGUAUGUCCAUCCCUGUAACCAUGAGGGCCAUUCGGAGGAAAGCAGAGACCAUCCAGGCAGACACUCCAGCCCUCUCACUAAUUGCACAGACAGUGGAGAUCAUGGUGAAAAAUAACCUGCCACCCUCCGGUAGUCCUACCUACAACAUGGCAGCAGGUGAUGGAACUAACCCCAUGGGGCUGCCUGGGCUUACCGGGGGCAACACACCUACUGGAGGAGGACCCCCAGGAGGACCUAAUUUUGCAGGUCCAAUUACUUCUCUGUUCGGGGUGUCCCGAACAGAAAGGCAAGCCCAAGGAGGAGAGUGUCUAACCCCAGGAGGGGUGGCCGGCCAGCAGCAGUUGCAGCAACAACAACAGCCAGGUCAAGGCCAUUCAGACGACUAUAACAAAGUCACCCAGAAUCCCAUACUGACCAGUCUACUACAGAUAACUGGAAGUGUGGGAUCUAGUCCUAGCUCCCAGAAUGCACCACCACCCCACCAAACUCCACCCCCGACAUCCUCACCAGCCAGCAACACCAAGAACCAUCCUAUGUUGAUGAACUUGUUGAAAGACAACCCCACACAAGAUUUUGCCUCGCUGUACGGUUCAAGUCCAUUAGAGAGGCAGAAUUCUUCAUCUGGCUCCCCACGAACAGAGAGCAUGGGUGGAACUUGCCCUGGAGGUAGCACAAAAGGAAAGAAGAAGCGCCCCAGGGGGACAGAAAAGGGUGGUGUUAUGCCUGGAACUGCUGCAGGUGGUGGCGGUUUAGGCAUGAAAUCACAACAGGGAUCUUCCAUAUCGCAACACCAUCCGCACCAUCAAGUCUCGCAUGAGGAUGAUUUCCACCGUGAGCUCCUCUCUAUGGAUGUGGACGCGUCUCAGAAUUCUAUCUUUGAUGUUAACCUGACUGGUGAUGGCCUAGACACACCCCAUAGCAUCACUCCUGCACCUAGCCAAUGUGGAACACCGCCCUCUGGCCCCAACAUGCCUUACUCACAGUCUCAUGUCCAGUCUCAACAACAGCAACCACCAGGUGCAGUGCCGCCCCGUAUGGUCCGCCUCUCCAGCUCUGACAGCAUCGGACCUGAUAUCACAGAAAUCUUGUCUGAUUUGCCCGAGCAGACAGGCAAAGGCAGCAGUGGGAGCCAUGGGCAGCACACCUUGGGCAGUGGUGGGGAGGAUGGAGGCCCCCUGGGGACGCCCAUUCGUGACUCCUCCAGCUCAGGUCAGGGCAGCGCAGUGUUUGACUCAGCAGACAUUUUCAACACCAACAGCAAUGAGAAUCCUUUCACUGAUGCUGCUGACCUGAUUGCUGAGGCAACUGCAACUGCCACCACGCCCACCAGCGAUUCUUCCUCCACCAACUUCUUCCCCGACGCUGCUGACUUUAACCCUGACCUCCUGACCUCAGGCCAUGGCUUCUCCCAGAACUACUUUGAUGAUAGUUCUCCAAGUGCAGAUGGAGACAUGGACCUGGUGAAGGGUUUUGGGGGAAGUAGCCAGCAAAAUACCCCGUCAGGAACACCUCAAAAUCCCACUCCACAUGGGCAGAGCACCCCAGAGCCCUCAUUGAAGGACCCUUUUGAUAUGGGGAUGGUUUUUGGAGGCAAUAGCGGUGGUGGUAAACCUCUUCUGGGUCAAGCUCCUGAUUUAGGAGACACACAUGGUGGAGGGUCCCAGAGCCCCCUCAUAAUGGGCCUCGCAGCGGCAUGUGCUGAGUUUAAAACUGAACCCAAAGUUAAACAGCAACAGGGACUCAUUCGACCAAAGGAUGAAAAUGGUGGGAGCGGAGGGAGCAGUUCUGGGAUGGGGAGCAGUUCAACAGAGGGCAAACAGGUCAAACGUAGCAGGACCCCAUCCAGUGAGGGAAAGUCUAAAGAGAAGCCCCCCAAACGCAAAAAGCUGGACCCUGAUGGUAAGUCCCCAUCUCACAGCUCAGGGGGACGGCCAUACACACCUCCUAGUGGCGGCUCAGGCUCUGGGGGAAGCAUAAGUGGAGGAGGCUCCAAGUCUCCUGGUAGUUCAGGGCGCUCGCAAACUCCUCCCGGUGGUGCCAAUCCUUCAGCUCUCAAAAUCACUAUUCAGAUCCCGAAAGGGACCAUAACUGGGGGGAAGACGUCAUCCCAUAGUGGGUACACCUCCAGCAGCUCUGCCACAAGCAGCACAAGUGGAGCAGGAGGUACCAGUAGCAGCAAAAGCCAUCACUCUCACUCAUCAUCUUCUGGGAAGAUCAAGUCCAAAGAAGGCUCCACUACGCAAGGCAACAGCUCCAAGCCAGGGAGUGCAGGAAUAGGGAGUGGAGGUGGGCCAUCUCAGUCAAAAGGCUCUUCCCAAGGAAUGGGUGUUGGCAAACCAGGAUCCUCCCCAAUCACCAAACACGGGCUGUCAGGGCCUGGAGGUAGUGGUAGUGGAAUGGGGAGUGGUAAUAAAAUGAAGACUCAGGGGGGCAAGCCUUCUGGGUCGCUUAUGAAUCCCAACAUAAAGCCCAACAUCUCCCCUUCUCACUCCCGCUCCAGUAGCUCUGGAGACAAACUGUCCUCCCCUAUGAAAAUGCAGCAGUCCCAGGUUCCAGGAACACCUCCGUCUUCCAAGGCGAAAUCGCCAAUGGGCUCAGGAGGCAGCAGCUCCGGAGGGUCUAAGUCUUCUUCUGGUGGAGGCAUGAGCUCCCAGAAGCCAAUGGGUGGGAGCUCCUCUGGUUCAGCGUCUUCCUCCUCAUCCUCCAGCUCCUCCUCAUCCUCUGGUUCCAUGACCUUCUCCGGAGGCUCCCAGUCUCAGUAUGGAGGCGGUGGAGGUGGAAGUGGAGGCGGAGGAGGUUCAGGAGGUGGUAGUGGAGGCAGUGGUGGAGGGGGCGGAGGUGGAGGAAGUGGGGGCGGAGGAGGAAGUGGUGGAGGGGCUGGUCAGAACAAUGCAAACAACCCCAACGCCAAAGGGAAGUCCCCAAGUCGGAACAAGAAACCCUCUCUUACUGCAGUCAUAGACAAACUGAAGAGUGUAGGUGGAGGAGGAGUGGGCGAAGAUGGUUGUGAGGUAGGGCCACCAGGGGCAGGGAGUGGUUCAGGAUCUGCUCCUGGUAGCGGCGGUCCUGGAAAUGUUCCCAGCAGUGGACCUUCAAGCAUGGGUUCUUCCAAGCAUGCCCCUAGUGGGGAUUACAAGCGGGAAAAGUCUGAUAAAGAGGCAAAAGCAAAGGUGUCUGUUUCAGGGGGAAACAGUGGGGAUAAAAAACUGAUGGACUCAAAAUCAGGUGGGGGUAGUGCUACCGGACUGGCUAAAAUAAUCAUUAGCAAACCUGAUGGUGGGUCUCCAAGCAUCAAGGCCAAGGUGACCCUUCAGAAAGCAGGGGAAGGAUCUGGUGACUCUAUGCGUCCCCAAAUUUCUAGCCUUAAAGCUUCCCCCCUCUUCAGUGGCUCCACCCCCAAACAUGACCGCUCCUCCCCGAGCCACAGCCGCUCGCCAGGAUACACACCGCUCAACCACGAUAGCGAGAGCGAGUCAGGCAGCAGCUCAGUGGCCGAGAAGUCCCACCAGAACAGCCCCAGCUCGGACGACGACCAGGCCAUUCGCCCACUCCCUCCCCAGGACUACAUGAGCUCCAUCCCUCUCAGCUCAGGGGAGAAGCACAAAAAACACAAGAAGGAGAAGAAGAAGCAGAAAGAGAAGGAGCGAGAAAGGGACAGAGACCGAGAACGGGACAGGGACAAAGAGAAAAAGAAGUCAUCUAUGUCCAUGGGGCCGUCCUCGCAUCCAAUAAAAGCAGACAGUUGGUCCCGGUCUCCCAUCUCGGCUUCUGAUUCAUCUUUGUCCAUGCUGGGUUCAGAGCGUCCAUCCCGACCCAGUCCAAUGUAUAUGAGAAAUGAAGAAGAUGACCUCAUGGACUCCGCCCUCACUGGCAACCUUUAAUCUUAUCUUUCAUGUUUUUAACUCAUGCCUUUUAACAUACAAAUUUAACUUUUAUUUAUUUAACUCAAGCCACAAAUUGGAACUGGAUAUAAGAAUACCGUGGCUCUCCGAGUGGUCACUGUCCUGUUGAAACUGUAUUUUAAAAUCAUGUUUUACUAUUUCAGUAUCAGUGUACAAUAUCUGGAUACUGAGAUGCCAGAUAUGGAAGUGUUUGCGACACUGUCAUGCAAAUCCACACCCAAAAUAUCACUUUCUUAAGAUUAAGGAAAUGGCUUUAAACAGUAUAUUUUCAUAGAAAUGUACAUCUCUUUCCAGUUAUGUCAGAAGGUUCUUUUCACAUGUAAUACACUUGCCGCUGUUCAUGUUAUUGUUGUUAAAAACUUGCCAGAUUGCCACUAAAUAAGAAUGUCUGUUAAAAAAACAGUAUUGUAAAGCAAGAAGGGUACAGUGCUCAGUUGCCUUGUUUUUCAGAUACAACUGGGGAUUUUUAGAUUUUGAUAUAUUUUGAACAGUUGAUGUGUAAAUUAGUAUUGGAAAGGAAAAAAAAAGAAACUGCAGCUGAUGGUGGUGAUGAUAAUGAUGGAGUAAGAGAGAUGCCGGUAAUUUUUUAACUGUAGAAGUUUUGGGAGUUUGAAAUA